AUGGGUGUUAGUGAAGAAGAUAUUAGUGGUACGCCGACUGAGUAUCAGCUAACGUAUCAAGUCGGUGUUGCAGAGAAUAAAAAUGCAAAAUUCCGCAAGACUAUGGAAGAUGUUCAUACAUAUGUGAAGAAUUUUGCAUCGAGACUCGACUGGGGUUAUUUUGCAGUAUUUGAUGGACAUGCAGGAUCGCAAGCGUCAAAAUGGUGUGGAUCUCAUUUACACCAUGUUGUUGAACAAAAAUUAUUGGAAGAUGAGACGCGGGACGUUCGGGAGGUUCUUAAUGAGUCGUUUGUCUCUGUAGAUCGACAGAUCAACACGAAAUUAUCGGGUAAUAGUGGUUGCACAGCGGCUGUUUGCAUAUUACGAUGGGAAGUGCCGGACGAUGUUGAUAAUCAAACUGCAGACUUUAGUCAGCAUACAAGAAAAUUAUAUACAGCUAAUGUGGGGGACUCGAGAAUAGUACUAUUUCGAAAAGGGAGGAGUGUAAGGCUUACUUAUGAUCAUAAGGCCUCUGAUAUAUUGGAAAUGCAAAGGAUAGAAAAAUCAGGAGGACUCAUUAUGAAAAGUCGAGUUAAUGGUAUGUUGGCGGUAACAAGGUCGUUUGGUGAUAAAUUUUUCGACGGAUUAGUUGUAGGAAAUCCAUUUACAACUAGUGUGGAACUAACACGAGAUGAUGAAUUUCUCAUAGUGGCUUGUGAUGGUCUUUGGGAUGUCAUUGAUGAUCAAGAUGCAUGUGAAUUGAUUAGGGACAUUAAAGAACCUAACGAGGCAGCAAAGACUCUCGUUAGGUACGCUUUAGAAAACGGAACAACGGAUAAUGUUACUGCAAUGGUGGUUUAUCUUUGA